ACGAACGAUGUGUUUACAAUACCGAGUUGGUAAUAAGGCAUUAUUUGUUCGACCACAAUUUCUGGGGUACCUAGCUAGCAACAAUACAACCAGCCUGAAAACAAUAACCAGUAGAAACUGCAGACUGAAUUGAGCCACAUUUAUUGUCAAUCUAUGUGUAUUGGGGUGACAGGUAGCCUAGUGGUUCGAGCGUUGGGCCAGUAAUCGAAAGGUUGCUGGAUCAAAUCCCCUGAGCUGCCAAUUGUAAGAUCCCUGCUAAAUAAUCAAGCAAACUAGCUAACCCCAAAAAAGACAUCAACAAUAUUAUUGUGUACAGUAUUUUCUGUGCCAAUAAAAAGAAGACAUAUCACCAAAUAAGGAGGCAGUGGUCAGACACCAGUCCUGUUUCAGAGUAAUGGAGCACAUAACCACCAUUGGAAGUGUAAUCCGUGCUGUCUUGUAUGUUGUAAGGAGAUUCCCCCCGUCUAUGGACUACUUCUGGGCCAGGGUGAGUCAUGCUAUGCUGGAACAUGUCCCGUGUGAAUUAGCUGUGAUUCAUAAUCUCUGAUUGGCUAUGUUGAAUCAUGUAUUUUUGUUGGCCUACAUGACUGUAUGGUGACAGUCUCUCUCUCUCUCUCCCUCUCUUUUUCUGUGAUUGGAGCUGGGUUGGAGCCGUAUGUCAGGCUCCUUCAUGACCAGUGUCUGUGAGGAGGGGGGCCUGGAGCUGAUCUACCAGCGCUGGCGAACACCUGAGAAGGGACAAAAGGUGACAACUAAUAAGACAGGACAUCACAGAUGGAGGACAGGAGAGAGGCUUUGGUCAUAGAGUCCUCUGACUGAAAGACAGGGUCACGGGGGCCUGGGCCAUUCCCAUGACCUUCCCCUGGAGCACAACUGCAAUGGCCACUCACAAAGGGGCAAGUCCAUCUCCACCAUGCAGCUGGGAACGGUGGAGGACUUAGAAUGCACAGAAAUCCCAUUAGAGGAGCCUGAACCAAGAACCCUUACACAUCAGACAAGACAGGGUUUUCCUUUCCUGGCUGUGAUGGUUAUCGUGGGAGACAGCCUCCAUAACUUUGCUGAUGGCCUAGUGGUGGGGGGCGGCCUUCUCCUCAUCCGCCGAGACGGGCAUGGCGACCACCAUAGCCAUCCUCUACCAUGAAAUCCCUCAUGAAAUUGGUGACUUUGCUGUGUUGCUCAGCUCAGGUCUCUCUGUGAGGAAUGCAGUGAUGAUGAACUUACUUCGUGCUCUGACGGCCUUCGUCGGCCUCUUCGUCUCCUCAGAACCAGAGAUCCAGCAGUGGAUCUUUACGGUUACCACAGGGAUCUUCCUCUAUCUGCCACUGGUAGAGAUGCACUCUUUCGUGUGAAGACCAACAGGCCCUGUCUCAUGUUCCUUCUGCAGAACCUUGGCCUAUGGUAUCUGCCAUACAAUAUGUGUAAUUGAUGGCAAUGUUGACGGUACUUUCUGGUCUUGCUUUUUAUCAUUAUCUUGUUGAUUACUAUAUUGUUUACUGCUACUUGUCAUAAUUGUGUAAGUAUUACACUAGAUGAAGGCAUUGCACUGCCUAUAUGAAACGCCACAAGGCAUUUUAUGCAAGCGAUAGCGAUAUUAAAGUAAGGUGAAUAAUAGCAGUGACAAUCAAAUGUAAUUUUUGAUCCAGUGGUUCGGCACGUGUGUUAGAGCUGGAUGAAUCCACGUUUGUUUAAAUCAGAUGCCUGCAUGUGAGCUUCUGGACAUGCACACAUUUUCUAUGUGAUGAUUUAUUUUGUUUGACAUACUGUGUAUCAUAGGGCACAUAGCUAGCUUACAGUAUGUCUGGCACACCUACAGUCAGGUCCAUAAGUAUCAUCCUUGAUUUUUCUUUUUAAAUGAGCAGAAAAUACUGUAUAAUAUAAAUUAUAAAAAAUACUGAGAUAUAUUGUAUUAAAAAAUAAAGGAAAUUAUGUUAUUUUAAACUAAUACAAUUGCUCCGAGAAAGGGAGUUUGUUUAACAAGUAAUUUAAAAAAAAAACGUUAAAGAAAAGAAAAACAUUUCAGUCACCAGAUCUCAACUCAAUUGAACAUUUAUGGGAGAUUCUGGAGUGGCACCUGAGACAGCGUUUACCAACACCAUCAACAAAACACCAAAUGAUGGAAUCCCUCCAAUAGAGUUCGAGGCACUCUCACGGUGCAUUGAAUCUGUUCUGGCUUGUGGUGGCCCAAGGCCCUAUUAAUAUGCUUUAUGUUGGUGUUUCCUUUAUUUUAGCAGGUAGUGCAAUCGGAAAGAAUUCAGACCCCUUGACUUUUUCGUUUUUUCCCCCCCUAAUCAAUUUACACACAAUACCCCAUAAAGACAAAGCAAAAACCGAAUUUUAGAAAUGUUUGCUAAUUGUUUUUGGGAAAUAUCACAUUUACGUAAGCACUUCGUUAAAGCACCUUCGGCAGCGAUUCCAGUCCUGAGUCUUCUUGGGUAUGACGCUACAAGCUUGGCACACCUGUAUUUGGGGAGUUUCUCCCAUUCUUCAUUGCAGAUCCUCUCAAGCUCUGCCAGGUGGGAUGGGGAGCGUUGCUGCACAGCUAUUUUAAGGUCUCUCCAGAGAUGUUAGAUCGGGUUCAAGUCCGGGAUCUGGCUGGGCCACUCAAGGACAUUCAGAGACUUGUCCCGAAGCCACUCCUGCAUUGUCUUGGCUAUGUGCUUAGGGUCGUUGUCCUGUUGGAAGGUGAACCUUCGCCCCAUUCUGAGAUCCUGAGCAAUCUGGAGCAGGUUUUCAUCAAGGACCUCUCUGUUUUGCUCUGUUCAUAUUUGGUCUGGGCUGAUAAAUCCACACUCAACAAGUUGGAGACUCCAUAGGGAUCCUGGCCACAUACUGCUGUACUGCACUCCCUCUUUCUAAGGCCAGAGUGGGUCUAGAGAAAGAGGUGGAGGAAGAGGUAUAAGAGGGGCAUAUGAGGGACAAAGAAAGAAUAAGAUAAACCUACUGUAUACAAAAUAGUAACUUAUACUAUAUUAAUGAGACAAUUGAUGCAUUUGUGAUCCUGAAUCUACUGUACUGUAUGAUGCCACAACUAUGAUUCAAUUUUAUACAAGAUCAAGUUUAUAUACAAUUCUGAUGAGAUGGUCUCUGGAAUUCUUAGUUCUACAUCAUCCAUUUUUGGAUUUAUAAAUUAUUCAUAUAUACCCAUUGAUUCUUGAAGAAUAAUGUCUUACAAAUGCCUCAUGAGCUUAGUUAAACUCCAUCAGAACCCAAAAUAAAAACUUGUUUUACUCCAAUGUCUGUAAACGCUAUUAAU